AUGGGCCUUCAAGUGCUAAGAGCUGUCUCGAAAGCUGCGACAGGAUCUAAAGAUUCGCACCAGGAGGCCAUUGUCGUGGUCGAGGUCAUCUUAGUCGCCUUAGCCAUUAUAGUCUAUUCAUUGAAGCUUUAUACACGAUGUUUUAUUCUUCGUCGAGUCGGGAUUGAUGACUAUAUAAUGGGAGUAGCGGUGGCACUAAGCUUGGGUCUUAGUAUUAUCGCUUGUAUCGGGACUAAAUACGGCUGGGGUUCACAUAUCCAAGAUAUUCCCUUCCAGAACUUCACGCUCUUGCUCUUCCUCAGCUGGCUCACGCAGGUGAUAUUUAACGCGUGCGCCGCUCUUGUUAAAAUAUCUAUUCUCGUUUUCUACCUGCAAUUAGCCGAGGAUAGUAUCAUUCGGGGCUUUCGGAUUGUCGUCUUCUGUGCUAUCGGCGUUAUUACGUCCUUCUUCAUCGCCUACACCUUUGUUACUAUCUUCCAAUGUAAUCCUGUCCAGGCUUACUGGGAUCCAUUCACAAUGAAAACAAAAUGUUUGGACCCUAGUCUUGGGCUCCUUCUCCAUGGUAUCCUCAACAGCGUGUUUGACUUCUUCGUCUUUUUCCUGCCAAUGCCUAUAGUCUGGAAACUGCAGAUUAUACAACGCCAACGAUUUGAACUUUUAGGUGUCUUCGCGAUUGGCUUUGUUGCCUGCAUUCUCGGCGCCAUCCGCAUCCACUUCUUAAUGAUCUGUCAGCAGUCUUCCGACUCGCCUUGGGCUGGAUACUACUUCUGGUGUUUCCAAUGCGCAGAAAUCAAUAUCGGUAUCGUGUGCGCCUCUCUCCCCCCUCUCAAGGCACUCCUUAAGCACAUCCUACACAAGCCGGCCAUGGACGCCACAGGAGCGAGCGACACCAACGAUUCGAGACGGAGGUGGGCUAUCUUUCAGAAUUCCAAGAUGUCGAGUAUUCAGCUCUUAGAUCAGGAACACGCUCGUGAUUCAGCUGUAAAAGGAUAA